GGCUGCCAGAUACUUCACUUUGAUCAGAAGCACCCUUGGUAACGCAUGAAAAAAGGUCUCUGCCUAGCAAACAGUGUCAUUGUGCUUGUGGACAGGAGAAAGACAAGAUGCAGGUGUGUGUCGAGGUCUCGAGGGAACAACGAAUAUUAGCUGGACACAACAUUUAAAGUACAACAUCAGAUGUAUCCAGUAAGCAGACUACCAUUGCUUUGAGUUGGCGCCGAGAUCCUUUCCUAUGGUGGCAAACCAAUGUCUGGCCAUGGGCAAUGGUUCAAUAAAAGCCCAGCGGACUGAGGAGAACACCUGCCUGGCCUCCAUUCAUACGGACCCUCCAUGCCUGGACACAGACGUCUUGAAGAUGCGGAUAACCUACCUGGAGGGAAAACUCACGCAGAGGGACCAAGAGGUAAAGGCCCAAGAACUUCAGUUGCAGCAUCUGCAGAGGGAGUUGGAAGCCAAGAUCUGUCAGAUUGACAAACUGCAGGAUGCUAUCGGGUACAACAACAGUUUGGGACGCUCACCACCAGGCGUUAGUCCACGCCGCUUCAGUGUCAUCAACCAGGGUCCCAGUCAUUUCCACAGGGUGGCCAUGGAGGUCCACAGAAGGUUCAAAGCUAAAGAAGGCGUCUCUGCUGAACCCACUUCUGAGAACUUCUGUGGAGGGCGUAGAAAUACACACAUUUCUAUGGUGAAACCAAUCCAGAAGGAUUUACGGACUAUAAAGAUGAUGAAUGACGCCUUCAUGAAGAACGACUUUUUGAAAAGACUAGAGCCGCAACACUUGAGGGAGAUGGCGAACUGCAUGUAUGAGAAUGUUUACACUGAAGGACAGCUCGUCAUUCAGGAGGGUGAAUCUGGAAACUACCUCUACGUGCUAGCAGAUGGCUUGCUGGAAGUCAUCCAGAGUGGGAAGUUGCUUGGUGAGAUGCGUCCUGGAACAGCAUUUGGAGAACUGGCUAUACUGUAUAAUUGCAAGAGAACAGCCACUGUAAAAGCUGUGACCCAGUCCCACAUUUGGGCCUUGGAUCGUCGGACCUUUCAGAUUAUCAUGAUGCGGACGGCACAAGCCCAGCAUGAGGAAUAUUUCAGCUUUUUGAGCAGUGUGUCCCUACUUCGAGAACUGCCAGAAGAGAAGCUUGCCAAGAUUGUUGACUGUCUUGAAAUUGACUAUUUUGAGAAAGGAGAAUACAUUAUUCGUGAAGGUGAAGAGGGGAACACGUUCUUCAUCAUAGCGAAAGGAGAAGUGAUAGUUACACAAAGCACAGAAGGCUUUUCUGAGCCUCAGGAAAUUAAGACCCUUGGAGUCGGAGACUACUUUGGAGAGAAAGCACUCAUCAGUGAAGAUCUUCGCUCAGCCAACAUCAUCUGCAAUGAGAAUGACACACGCUGUCUAGUGGUGGACAGAGAUAACUUCAACCAGAUGGUAGGAACCUAUGAAGAACUUCAGGCUUACUUGAAGGAAUAUGUGGAAGAACUUUCCAGGAGUGAUGAGAGGAGAAAUGCCCUGCCACAUUCACCACAGAUUGAUUCCGCUGAGGCCCAAGAGCUGAUACAUUUAAAGGAGAGGAUUAUGCUCCUGCCACAUAAUCAGCCAUCCCAGGAUCUGCAGGUCAUAGCAACUCUCGGCAUGGGAGGAUUUGGACGAGUGGAGCUAGUGAAGCUAAAGGACGAAGACACCACAUUUGCUCUGAAAUGUAUUAAAAAGAAGCACGUUGUGGAUAACAGGCAGCAGGAACACAUUUACUCUGAGAAGAAUAUCCUUCAGCAAACCAACUCUGCAUUUAUCAUCAGGUUAUUUCGGACAUUUCGAGACAAUAAAUGUGUCUACAUGCUAUUGGAGGUGUGUCUUGGUGGAGAAUUGUGGACUGUGCUGCGGGACAUGAAUUAUUUUGAUGAGCCCACUGCCAGAUUUUGUACUGGUUGUGUCUUAGAGGCCUUUGAUUAUCUCCACACAAUGGGUAUCGUCUACAGAGACCUUAAACCAGAAAACCUUCUCCUUGAUGCAAAAGGUUAUGUCAAAAUGGCAGACUUUGGCUUUGCUAAAAAGAUUGGUCUUGGAAAGAAGACUUGGACAUUCUGUGGGACCCCAGAGUAUGUGGCCCCAGAAGUCAUCAUGAACAAGGGCCAUGAUUUCGGAGCUGAUUGCUGGUCAUUGGGCAUCCUCAUAUUUGAACUCCUAACUGGCAAUCCACCCUUUGCUGGACGAGACCCCAUAAAGAUCUACACAUUGGUCCUCCAUGGCAUUGAAAAGGUAGACUUCCCAAAGAGAAUAGGCAAGCGCCCAGAUGACCUCAUCAGGAGACUCUGCAAGUUAAAUCCAGUGCAAAGACUGGGAAACAAAAAGAAUGGUAUCACUGACAUCAAGAAGCACAAGUGGUUCCAGGGCUUCAAUUGGGAGGGAUUAAGACGUCAUAAACUGCUGUCUCCUCUGAAGAGAGAGCUGAAAGGCCCCAUGGAUCACAGUCACUUUGACAUAUUUCCUGCUGACACGGAGGUGACGCCUGACGAGACCUCAGGCUGGGAUAAAGACUUCUGAUUCUUCACAAAAACAUUUUACAACAAAAUGUGACGUUUGUAUCGGAGCCCAUCAGCAGGUGGCCCAAACUACGACCCACGGGCCAAGUACAGCCCGCCGGAGUCUUCAGUGCGGCCCGUGAGACAUCACAAGUUUAACAAGAAGAUUGGCCUGCAGCAUCAUUGUGCCUUCAUUUAUUCCCCUGUGGAUUGAAUUGGAAUAAUAAUGCCUUUUUGGGGGUGAAGAUAGAAUCAGUGGUCAAUGACCAAGUGAUUUAAUUUGAGAGUGACUUGAACACAGCAUCAAUUUAUGACUCAAUCCAAAACAUCUUUCCCCACUCAUGGUGUAAGUUAAUUGGUUACUGUAACCAACAAAUAAAGUCAACACACGGUCGCACUUUACACACUUAAACAUGUUCAUAAAAUUUAAAAUUACAAAUAUAUAAAUUCACUUCAGUGAAUGAUGGGUGGUAUGCAAACACUUUCUCCACACAUCCACUUGUUUAGCGCAUUUUAGCUGCUUGAUAUUUUUGAUUGAUUACAAAACUUUUUGAUUACAAAACUUUAAGGAGGUCGUCAGGGAAGGAAACAAGGUAGGAGUCAAACUUUCACGUUUUUUUAAUAUUCAAUGUUUUAACGUUUACACUUAAUACUGCCUUGUCAUCAGGGUCUGAUGUGGGGGGGUUGUUAAAUAAGUAAGUAAGUAAGUAAGUAAGUAAGUUAUGUGUUGUUCAGUCUGUUACAUUUUGCUUUAGUCAAUGCAAACGGAAGAGUUAUUUCGGUACAAAUGAUUGUUACGUCACAAUCAACUCUGCUGUGUGGCAAAAAAAAGUGUUGUAUUGUGUAUAUUUGUGUACGCGUGUCUUUAUGCGUGUAUGUGUGCACGCGCGCAUCCAUAUUACAGUGUAUUUGCGAUUACCCUCGAAAAUAGGACUUUGCCACAGAUUGCACUGUAUUUUUACAUGUUUGGCACACUUCCUUAUUCAAUUUAGUAUGAAAUUAAAAUGAAAACAUACAAGGGAACUGUAUUUGUUUAGGAAUUUUGCCUAUUGUUCACAUACAUUAUGAAAGACAUGACGAUAGAUGUUAGUUUAAUUUUUUUGCAUUCUAAAUAUUAAAAUAAUGUGAUCAAAAGUUUACUUACAAUGGAGCCUAUGGAGCUGUGCAAUUCCGCCUACAAGGCCCAUUAAAUAAAACACCUAAACGCCUCCAUUUAGGUUUUAUAUACAUGAUGUAAGUAUAUAUGUAAUGUAGUUACGGGCAUAUUUAUUAUUUACGUAUUUUGAUCAUUUUAAGCCUCCGCGGCACAUUAAUUAAAAAAAACGCAUCACAAUGCAGUUCCCCUUUAAAGCAUUGCGAUCGCCAAUUAGGUGUAAAAACGGCUGUAAACAUGAUCACAGAUCGCACUGAGACAGCACACAGUUGCAAUAAAUAAUCAUUAAAAAAAAAAAAACGGAAGUUAGUGUAGUGGCUGUUUGGCUGGACACAGCUGUGCCUCCCCACUUGCACAUCUACCAGCUGCGUGGCUAGUGCCCCCAGUGGGAGAAACAGUCACGGGUGGGAGGACAGGGGUCUGGUAGAGGGUCUUUGCUGGUAUAGACAUGGCUUCAGCUUUGGUAAGCUGGAAAGUCACUUUGGGAGGAGUUUGAGUAAUUGACAGUUGAGGGUGAAAAAAAAUCCAGCAUGUCUGUGACAAACGAGUCACCUGGUGGCAGGGGCGCCGAAAAGGGGGGGUAAAGGAGACGGAUUCUAGGGGCCCAUGAUGGAGGGGGGCCCAGAGAGGCCCCUAAUGAUGAUGAAAUUAUAAUACAGGGGGCCCUGUAAAGAUUCUUUUCAUGGGGCCCAAAAUCCCUAGCGGCGCCCCUGCCUGGUGGUGGCGUGGCUGGGCGCACCAGUCACUCGCCCUUUCUUGUACAUGCUUUGUGCACUGGUGGCGUGGUGUCAACCUGUUCGUCAGCGCUUAGGCUACACUGGCUAAUAGCCCAAGUUGUGAAUAGAGAGGCAAAGUGGUCAAUUCCCGUAUUCAACCCCCUAAGGAGAGGAAGGGUGCAGCGCUUGAGCCCCUUUGCAGCAGAGCGUGGUGACAGCGUGACGAAGUUGGCUUCCACCUUCGUCGACGACGUGCCGGCUUGGCACUUGGCAAACAGUUUCAUUAAAGCAAGGAUGAUUCUCUGGUCCUCAGACAAUCAACUCCUCCGGUCACACUUAAUUACUGCCUCUGCUGCCAAUCAACCGGUUCCUGUUCCCAGCUGCUCCUCAUUUCACCUGCUAAUCAGCCAGCCAAUCCCAGUCCACCAUUCAUCCUCCCAUCUUGCUUAAAACCACCUGCUCAACACUGGAUCAGCGACCAUCUUGACGGGGUUGCUGGAACCCAUCCCAGCUGCACUCGGGCGGAAGACGGGGUCCACCCUGGACAAGUCGCCACCUCAUCCAACACAGACAACAUUCACACUCGCGUUCACACACUAAGGACAAUUUAGUGUUGCCAAUCAACCUAGCCACAGGUGCAUGUCUUUUGAAGGUGGGAGGAAGCCAGAGUACCCGGAGGGAACACAUGCAGUCACAGGGAAAACAUGCAAACUCCACACAGAAAGAACCCGAGUCUGGGGAUUGAACCCAGGACCUUUGUAUUCUGAGGCACUUGUACUAACCCCUGCUCCACCGUGCAGCGUCCAUUGUAAUUCAUUAUGCAAAUGAGCCAAUCAUGUCAUCUAGCAACUUUUACGACAGUCAAUAGCUAUUUUCCCUACUGAGGAGUUGGCAACACUGGAAGAUGAAGAGAUGUCAGAAGAGAUUGAAGACAGUGAGGAUGGAGAUGUAAAAGAGAUACAAAUUCAGAACACACAUGCACAGCAGGAGACAGAAGAACUCGCAGAGAAAACAGUGGAAAUGAUAUUCAUUUCUAGUUUCUGCUUAAAUAAGACGAGCAUUAGGAGGCCACAGUGCAGAGAGCUGCUGGAGGUGAGAACAUCAGUCUUAAGGCAUAAAUCGACCUUAAAACAGGCCAAAUCGGUGUUAAGGACACUUCACCUUUAACCCAGUGCCUCUCACACCGGUGAAUGAAUGAUGAAUGAAUGAGUUUUAAAAAUGAAUGAUGGGUUAUCACUUCUCUGUGAAGCGCUUUGAGUGUCUAGAAAAGCGCUAUAUAAAUCUAAUCCAUUAUUAUUAUUAUUAUUAUUAUUAUUAAAAAAAAAAAAAAAAAUUUAAACGUAUCAUGCCAUUCCAGUCCCACUGUCAUUUACUGAAACUUGGCAGCCCUGAGCUAGGAAAAUAUUGCUAUUUGUCUAGUUCCAAUGGAUUGAAUACCCUGAGAUGGCAAUGACCUGGAUGAAUGACAACAUUCAUAGACAUCGCUAUCAGUCUUUUCAGCUUUAAAAUUGCUCUGGAAAGUCUGUCACAUUUGCAAAAAUACUAAUAAGAUACAACA